AUUGUAAAUUGCGAUUUUUAGUGCUCGACUUAUCAAUCAAUACUAUUUGUACAUGUAUAAAAGUUUAUGACGAUUUUUGAUAAAUGUUAUUAAUAUUUGGAGUUAAUUUAUCAAAUUUAUCUUAGUUUAAGAGAAAAUUAAAAACUGUUUGGCUUGUUGAUAUCUACAAUGACGCCUCAACAACUUCCUCAUAAUAAUAAUACAACUCUCAAGUUUAUUGAACGCCGAAAAAAUGAGUGGCGAUGUUUACUCUGUUGUCAUGUACGAACUGCUACUAUUUUUCUUGGUCUUUGGCAUUUGAUGUUGCAAUUAUUGGCUCUAAGUACGUUGGUUGUUUUGUUACGUCAUCCUGAAUUGUUAAAACCUUAUCAAUUAAGGACUAACUCAAUUGAGCAUAAUGAUUUACCUAUAGCUUUGGCUGAGCAAAAUAUCCCUGUUGUAAAUACAAAAACAGACAUUCCAACAUUUUUAAAUUAUGAAAGUGAUGAAAUUUCACCGACUAACUUCAUAGGUGUAUCUACUAAAAAUGAUCGAGAUUACCUUUUAUCAUAUGGAAUGUUUGUUAAUCAUCAGAUGCGAUAUGAAGAAUUAAAUUUUGCUGCUAUCUUAAUUUUAUGCAUGAUAUUCAUAACAGUAACAAUGAUUUAUGGUGCAAUCAAAGGAAAACCAAAGUUAUUAAUGCCAUUUUUCUGUAUGAGAUUAUUCGAUUUAUUUGUAACUACAUUGACAGCAUUGGGAUAUUUGUGUUAUUUACCUGACUUACAACGUAUGAUUAAACAAUCUGAAUCUAACUAUGUACCGCAAAGUGUGUCCUCUUUAAAUCCAAAUUAUGUAUCUCUGAUAAUAAUAUUAUCAUUUGCAGUGUCAAUUAUAUCCCAGGGAUACUUUGUUGCUGUUAUGUGGAGCUGUUACAAGUACUUAACCUUUAAACUAGUUUCUUCAAGACCUACUAUACAUUAUAUUGAAUCAAACUUUGCCGUACAAAAUCUUUUACAUCCAGAUUAUGAUUUUUCCAUGAAAAAAUUCCCACCACCACCACCAUCAUAUUCAGCAACUGUAGCUGAUACAAAUAUAUCUACACCUAACAUUUCACCUCCGCCAUAUAAUUAAUUUUGGUUAAUCAUAAGUGGAAGUUAAGUUUUUUGUCCAUAUAAUUUAAAAAUCAAAUCAAUGACAGUUUUUUAAAACUAGUCCCUUAUAUUAUCUGUUUAUUAUAUUUUCUGAAAUGUUUAAAAAUAAUAUAAAUAUUUAGGUCAUUCUAAUAAUUGAUUAUUGUCGUCUUGAUUGAAUUGUAAUCUCAGAUCUAUAAUUUUAUCGUUUUUUUUUUAGUGUUAAGUGUGUAUUUGCUUUUAUCAUUUAUGAUGGAUUAUCAUUCCAUUUGAUGUUUAUGAAAAUAGUAAAAUAGCUCAUUUAUAUUAUAUUUUCAGUGUUAAAUUUAUUGUUAAAGCUUAAAAUUCUAAGUUUUACUGUUAAUUUUUUAAUCUAAUGUUUUAAUGGGAUAAGUAUUAGGUAGUGGUGGUCGAUAUUUUGAUAAUUAGGAAUCGAUAUAAGUCGAAACAAAAAUAUCAAUCUAUAAAAAAAUCGACUAAAAAAAGAUUUGAUAGAAAAUUUAUAAAUUAAAUCGAAAAAUGUUAGGUCAGAUUAAAAAAUUUGAAAAUCGAUAUUUUUUUAAUAUGGAGAUAUUUUUCUCAUCAAUUUUUAAUAAUCUUAAUAUAUUAAUGUAUUUUUUUAGAAAUAUUUUUAAAAAAUAGCCAUAUACUUAACAUAAAAACACAGUUUAAUACUUUAAGUAAAUCACAAUACUAUUUACAAGAAUUAUACAAUAAAUAGAAAAAUAUAUAUCAACGAUAUAUUUGUAAAACUGAAUCCAUUCGUAUUAAAAACGAUCUUCACGAUAUCGAAUUAAAAAAUCGAUUUUUCAUAAUAUCAAUUCCAGAUUACCUAUCAGAUGGAGUAUUUUUAUUUGAAUAAAUAAUUAUUUGAUCGUCAAAGUUGGAACGAUUGGAAAGAAUCCAUUCAACGAAACAAAUAUAUUAUAAUCAGAUGACUUUUUAGGUUUCCGCGAAGUAUAUUAGAUACGUUUAUUAGACUCUAUUGUAAUCCAACGACAGUUAUUAUCGUAGAAAUCCAUGAGAAAUAUGUUAUUCAUUUAGUUAGACAAUUAUUUGUUGAUAGUCGGAGGUGUAACAGUUUUAUUUUUGGAAUAGGCCAUUACAUUUUUAUGGGUUGUUUGAAUAGGAACCAGUUCAGCGACGACCUUGAGGUCGCUGGUUUGCUGUUAUGAUUGCGAGUUAAAAUGUUGAUACUAAUGUAUUUCAAUUUCGCUUCUAAAAGAUGUAAGUAAAAGAUAUUGUGAGUACUUUUUUAAAAAGUAAACAAUUAUAUUUUUAUGAACGUAUGAUACAUGGCGAUCACAAUGAGCGAGAAGGAAAAAAUGUUCUCAUUUAUUUUUAUUUUUUUUUCUGAAACGAUCAUUUAUAUGAAAGUACCGUUAUAAAAAAAAAUUGAAUAUGUUUGUCAGGGUUGGGUUUAAUAAUGACCACAGAAUUUUGAUCUCUCACAAAAAUCAGUUUUACAUAUAAGUUGAUAAUAAUUUUUAGCUUCGAUGCCAAGCUGAGAAGGUAUUAAUUUACCCUGAUGUGUUUAUUAUUUUACUUUAUUUUUGUGUCUGCCACUAUUUUCUCAGCUCUCCUGGACUGAUUUUUCACAACGAUACGUCAAAAGAUCAUAAAUCGUAUCUAGUUGAAGACAUUACCCACAAAAAUUAAAAAAUUUUUCCUCGUUCCUGUAAAUGGUGAAAAUACCCCAAAAAAUUACAAUUUUUAAAAUUGAUAAAUUUUGACAUUUUUUUCUAAAAAUUUCCAUAACUUAUUGAAAAAUGAAUGAUUAAAAAAUUUUUUAUUUGAUAAAAUAAAUUAUUUGAUUUGAUAAUCUGACCCUUUAUCUACUCACAGAGGGGAUUUAAAAUAGAAACUUUUUUACAAAAGUCAUCUUAUUGAACUUAACUUUUGAAAAUGUUCCGGAAAUAUUACGUUCUUUAAACAUAUGCUAAAUUGAAGCUUACAUUAUGUACUUUUAGUUAAAAAAAAAACUUAUCCCGACGUCCUUUCUUCUAUGUGCGAAUGACUGUCAAAAUUGAACAAAAAAUGUAAUUUUAGUGUAAAAAUCAAUGUUUUGGUACUUAAAACUGCCAUAACUUUUUGAAAUAUUAACAAAUUAAAAUAAUAUUUUUUUAUAUUUAAACUUUAGGUAUUUCCCUUUCGUUUGAUAUAAUUUUUUUGUUACCCGACUCAUAUCUACCCACAGGGGGGAUUCACAAUAGCAACUUAACUUUUGAAAAUGUUCCGGAAAUACUGCGUCCUUUAAACAUAUGUCAAAUUAAAACCUAUGUUAUGUACUAAUAAUUAAAAAAAAAAAUUUGUUCCGAUGACUUAUCUCUACUUGCAAAUGGCUACCAUAGUUAAAAAACAUGCUAUUAUUGUGUUAAAUUUUUUUUUUAUUUAUUUUUAAAUACUUUUAUAAGGGUUUGUCAUAGUUAUGAGUCCAUUAAUUUUUAUAAAAUUUACAUGAAUCUAACUUAAAUUCAAUAUAAAUUUAAAUUUGUUUUAAUUAUUUUACCUCCUCAAAGUUAAGAAAAGCGACUUUGAAUUUUUGAACAAGCUUAAAUAAAUCUUUAUAAAAUAAAAUAUUUUUAUAAAUAAAAAUUAUUCAUCACAAUCACAGUGGUUGCGUUAUUAACUAUUCAGUCUUAUAAGUUUGUAGUACAAAGCUCGAACCCCGCCAGUUAAAAUAACUUUUUGAAUUUUUUACUUAAUUUUUUUUUUUUUGAGGUGGAAAACAAAAUUCAACACGAAAAGUUGAAUAACAAAAGUAUAUUUUUGACUCCGAAAUUUAUUUGUAGAUAAUUUAUUCAUAAUUAACCACAACUUAUUUUCUGAACAUUUUUGUAUCAAGCCCUUCAGUUUUUACACACAUUUGCCAUAAAAGUAAUAACUUCUUAAUAAUAUUUUAUAAAUUCUCCGAAAAAAUUACUUUACUAAAUUAUUAAAUAUCAAUCUCAUACUAAUUUAAUUGAUAUAGUAAAUAUUUAUUCAUAUAGAAGUAUAUAUUAUACUUCUAAAUCAAAAAACUACUAAUCAGGAAUAAUGAAGAAAAUAGGAGUUAAUUUUGCUUUUAGAAUAAUCCACCAAUUUAUUAAAAUUAAACACUAUCUACAGAUUUGUAUCGAAGCGUUUCUUAUAAUAGUGUUUUUAAUGGCUGUAAAAUAUUAUCUAUACUAGUUCCAAUUAUGCCACGUCCACAAUGUGCUACCAUUUUUUUGCUCAUUAAUAAUAAUAAUAAAAGACUGAUGUAGAAUUAUUUAUGCAGAUAUUUUUAUUCUACAAAGGGUCGGACCUAGAGUUACAUAUUCUUAAUUUUUCAUCGGGAAUUAUUAUUUUUCUAAAUAUAAAUGCGUUUAUGUAGUAAUUUAAUUUCAUAACCAUUUUAAUGAUUGAAAAAGUUACCAUCGGCAUUUUUUUAACUGAUAAAUCAAUCAUAUUUUUUAUUAUUCGAACAGAAUAUUUGACUUUUAUCCUCUAAACCAAAAUUUUUGUCGACUGUAUAUUAAUAAUAGAUUUGUUGAUUUUCAAUGGUUUUUUUAGAUUUUUUUUAUCGCUACUUUAUAAAAUAAAUUUCUUACUAUUUAAAGAUAUAUUAUUCAGUUCAACGGUUUAUUGUAAAAAUUCUACAGUACUUUCAUUGAAUAAAUAAUCAAGUGAACAGUAAAAUGAUGGGUCAUUUGCAUAUAAUCUAAACUACUACAAACUAUACUUGUUUGACAAGCAAUGCCUUUUAUAUUUUACUUAUAUUAUUUAGUAACUACACAAGUGACGUCAUUUUUGUGAUUUAUAUAAAAUAAUAGUUAUAAUUUAUAAUUGCAUUAUUAUAAUAAUUAUAAUAAUCAAGAAUUAAAAUUUUUUAUGUAUAUAAUAUUUUCUACUUUCUUUUUUUUUAUAUUUAAAUUAUUUAAAUUAUAGAAGUAUCAACAUAAUUCAGUGAAUAACGGCGUAACAAUCAAACGUAUAAAUAUUAUUUAUUAAACAAAAAAAUCUCUAGUGUUCAAAUAUUUUUUUCGAUAUAUUAUCAAUUAUCCGAUAACUGUAAAAUAUGUACUUAAAAUAAUCUUGUUUAAAGAGACCUCAAUAACAAACUUUAGCAAUAAUGAUGAUUAUUGGAUAUAGAUAAAUCCUUAUAAACAGUGUCAAACUGGUUACGAGACUAGCAGUCAACAACACUAUUUUAAUAACAUUAAAAUUUUGGCAGAUUAGAUUUACAAAACAGUUUAAAAAAAAUUAUACAAUUUUAUAUAACUGUCCCCCAAAAAAAAUUAUCCUCUAAGUCCGUGUCUGUAUAUAAGGUUAGAUUUAUUUAGUAUUAAACCAUUAAAUUUAAAUUCUAAUAUAGUAAAAAAUCCGCAACGGAAAUUGAAAUUGGGUGAUUAUCAUUAAAUAUGAUAUAUAAUCUUUAAUGGUAACUAUAAUUUCGAAUGUAGGUUUUAAUCUAAACUAUUUAGCAUUAUUAAAAAACUAGUUUCAUUUAUCUACACUUUUAAGAUUAAUACCAUAUUGAUAUGUAAAAUAAUGUAUUAUUUAUUAGUUUAAAUAGAAGGAUAAAUAAAAAUUUGACAUUCGUCUUGAUGUUAUUUAAGUUUAACAUUUUAUAAAGCUAAUGUAAUGCUCGUUAGCUUUUAUUGGCUAGGAAAUAUAAGGUAUCUAUAUAACGGAGAGAGUAAUUGUAUAUAAACCAUCAGUAAAAGACGAUCAUCAAUAGUUGAUGACCUUCGUUCAUAUCCUUUUAUAGUAACAAAUCCCCUUGUGUAUGUGCACAUAUACUUAAUGCCAUAAUUAUUCGUUUUUACUUUCAAAACUGCCUCCUUAUUGAGGCAACUUACGUGAUCACAGGGCCCCAAGAACUGUUUAUAUUAUGUAGACGUGUGAUGAAUUCUUUUGUUUUUUACCAUUGAUGCAAUAAUUAUUGCACGAUUAUAAGUGUUUAAAGUUUAUAAUUUAUAACUGAAAAAUACUGAAAAUAUUGAUUAAAAUAACUCAAUUUUAAUUUAUUUUAUUUUACAGCGAUUCGGUUGUGUAAAAUUACAAAAAAAAAAAAAAAAUGAAUACACAAUUUAUUUAUCACUUCUAUUAAAAAAAAAAGUAA